UGUCGGUCUGGGGGCUCUUCCUAAGCUCCAUAAUAGGCCACGCAAUUCGGGCGGACCCUUAAGACGUUCUGGGCCCAUGCCAGCAGGUAAACCCUCACAGUGUGACCUCUGACCCCUGCUGUGAUCUGGGGCCAGCCCCUGGUGUGAGCUGUGAGAGCAGCCAUGGAGCUGGGCAGCUGUUUCAAGACCUACGAGGACUUCAAGGAGUGCUUCAACGCUUACAAAAAGGAGAACAGGUGCUCCUUCAUUCUCAGGGACUGCGUCUCCGUCCGCUUCCACAACCUCAACCAUGGCACCUCCAUCCGUGAAGACAUCCUAUAUGUGCAGGUGAAAUUUGUCUGUAUUCGGACCCAGUCAAACAGGAAGAGAACACGGGAGGCAGACAUGUGCCCAGCGUACUUGCUUCUGCGGUACAACGAGAGACUAGAUAGACUAUUUAUCAGUGAACUAAACACCAAGCAUAUACAUAGUGGCUCCCAAACUGCUUGUCCUGGAGGUGACACCACUGGCAAAUCUCAAAAGACAAUGUGCCUGCAGAAACUCCAGCCUGUGCAGCCCACAAACAAGAAAGACCUUGACACAGCUGAGAAGUCCCCAGUUGAACCGUCUUUUUGCCUAGAUAAGGUACACAUACCCUCAAAGCCAGAGCAAGAGGGCAUCACUCCUUCUGACCUGGCCAAGAUAGCAAAAGUGAUGAAGAAUUUUCUUAAGGUAGAUGAGGGUUCCAUGGCCUCUUUCAGUGUGGGCAACAGCCAAGACCUGGACCGGCUCAGUUUCCAGAGCAGCAAGAUGAGUGACCUGUUCAUCCGCUUCCCAGAGAAUCUCUUGCUGCACCGAGUGGAGAAUGCUCAGGGCCACAUCCUCUAUGCUUUCUUGGUGGAAAACAAGGAACGAGAGAGCCGGGUAGUACACUUUGCUGUGCUUAGGGCUGAGACAGCCACCUCUGUGGCCAAGAUGCUGGGCAUCUUCACAGAGUUCAACUCCGAUUGGCCCAAGGUCAAGGUGGUCUUUGUGGACCCUGCAUUCUCUCACUGGGCCAUCCUGCAGGAGAUCUUUCCUGCUGCCCGCAUCCUCCUUUCCAUCUACCACACAACUCGACUCUUGGAGAAGAAGUUGCAUCGUAGUUCGGCAAAUCCAUCCUUUAAAAGGCUCAUGAAGGAAGCCCUGCGGGAAGCUGUGUUUGUCACUUCAGAUGCCAGCCUGAAAAAUCUCUGUCAGAUGUCCCAAGCCCUUUUAGAUGAGGAUCUCUUCAGCUUCCUGCAGGCCCACUGGUUCUCCUGUGAACUGCUGUGGUAUAUGCAUGUUAGGAAGGGCCUUCACGCGUGUAACACCUACAUGGACAGCCUAGACAUUGUCACUAGCAAGGUAUCAAGCCUCUUUCGGGAACAACAGUCCCUACUAGACUGCAUCCUCCACUUUGUGGAUUACAUAGACUCCUUUAAUACCAAAGGUUUGAAGAACUUGCCCACAGCUCCUCCCAAGUUAAAGAGAGCCCGGCCAGCAAGCAUGCCUCCAAAGUCCAAGAAGGCUUUUGGAAUCUGUGGAGAAAGCCUCACCAGGCUCCCUGUGGAAGAGGCAAAGCCAGACCCACAGCAGGUGCAGUUGCAGCAGAAGCCACAGGUGCAGCCCUACCAGGGUGGCAUGCUAGACACCUUGCACCAGAGUGGCUCUGAACUAGCCUACAAGCUGUGCCACAAUGAGUGGGAGGUGGUACAGAACUCCACCCACCUAGUGGACAUGGCCGGCUCCUCAGUGGAUGUUCAGCUGCUAGAGGACUCUCAGCAGGUUAGCAAAGAUGGCUGUAGCUGCAGCUGUUCCUUUCAACAAUGGUACCACCUGCCAUGCCGGCACAUUUUAGCCCUGCUGCACACCAGUCAGCAGCCAGUAGGUGAAGCCAUGGUGUGCCGUCGGUGGCAGAAGAAGUACCAGCACCUCCUUGGGCCCAAUGGGGAGCCCCAGGACCAUGGUGUGGUCCCAAACGCAGACCAGCCUGAGAAGCAAGGGCGGAAGGACAUGAUUCAGGACCUAAGCAGGGAGCUAGCAAACCUGCUAAUGCAGACUGAGGGACCAGAGCUGGAGGAACGCUAUUCCACACUGAACAAGAUUGUGAAUAUCUGGGCUAACUCUUGUGAGCCAGCUGAGUCCAAUCAGCAGCCAGGAGGCUUUAAGGAUGUGGGCCGCCUCCCUUUCCUCUGGGGAAAGCAGGAGGAAGGGGAGGGACUCCCUCCUGCUGCUGCCAUGAUUCAUGAUUAAAGCACUUGCACUGGAACAUUGACCCACAAACCCUCUCCUUGGAAGUUUGAGAAUUCGAAGUGGGCAGGAUAUGAUAAGGGUCAGCAUUUUAAUCAAUGUCUUCCUAGGUAGGGCUAGGAAGAUUGUUACAAUAGGGAGGAGAGGAACCCCACUGUGUGACAGUCCUUUGAAUAUGCCCCUUUUCAGCCCUACCUUUGGCAUUCCUUGGGAACCUCAUUCAUUGUUUAAGACCAAAGUUAUCUCCGUGCUGAAAGGUCACCCAUCUUCCUCCCCCAAUCCCUGAGAUCAGAUCUUAUUCACCCUAUAGAGAUGAACCUCUGGCCCAGGAUAGGAGGAGACAAAAUGAGCGUGCUGAAAAGGCCUGUUUU